GGUCCUGUGUCCUGAUCUUACCGGUUUCAGUAGGCAGUUUAUCAUUGUUUGACGUAUGGAGCUACAUACAUACCGGUUAACGCUGCCUGAUGACUGUCCGGACAUGUGCGUGGCCGGCCGGGCUCUCCGCAUCCUCGUAUCAUCUAUCUGCCUUAUCUUGAGUAUUCUCUAAGAACCAUGUCAGGCCGCAAGCCUAUCUUUGUGGCCACGCAUCCGCGGGCCUGCUCGACAGCCUUCGAGCGUGUCUUCAUGACCCGGCGCGAUAUUCUCCAUUGUGUCCACGAACCCUUCGGAGAUGCCUUCUACUUCGGCCCCGAGCGGCUUAGCGAGCGGUAUGAGAAGGACGAAGCCGCGAGGAAGGCGAGUGGCUUCGACCAGGUCACGUUCAAGGACGUGGUUGACCGGCUGUUGAGCCCAACUGAUAAUGAGGGCAAGCGGGUCUUCAUCAAGGAUAUUGCGCACUACCUGCUCCCGCCAAACCAGAAGCCCGCCAGCAUCGCCCCGUCCCUCCGCGAGAGUCAUGCUGGCGCCCUCGCCGACGGCACAGCCCCGAACAGCGCCGGUGCCGGCGGCGCCUCGCACUCCACGCCCGCCGUUCCCAACCCAACAGUCAUCCCCCUCGAGGUCCUCCGCAAGUUCCACUUCACCUUUCUCAUCCGCCACCCGCGCCGCGCCAUCCCCUCCUACUACCGCUGCACGGUGCCCCCGCUCUCCGCCAGGACAGGCUUCCACCAGUUCAUCCCCGCCGAGGCCGGCUACGACGAGCUGCGCCGCCUGUUCGACUACCUGCUGCAGGAGGGCGUGAUCAGCCGAGGCCGGCGGCAACCUCAGCAGCAGCAACCACACAAGAACGAACAACAAAACGGGGAUGACGAUGUCCCAGCACCCGCCAACACCGCCAACAUCGUCAACGGGCCAAGCAGCAGCAGCAGCAGCAGCAGCAGCAGCAGCAGCGACGAUAGCGUGCCAAUCACGGUCAUCGACGCCGACGACCUGCUGGACAAGCCGGCCGAGGUGGUGCGCGCGUUCUGCGCGGCCGUCGGGAUCGACUACCGCGACGCGAUGCUCCGGUGGGCGGGGGACGCCGAGGGCCAGCGGCUGGCCGAGGCGGCGUUCGCCAAGUGGGACGGCUUUCACGACGACGCGAUCGCGAGCUGCGAGCUGCGGGCGCGGGGGCAUGCGAAGGCGACUCCCACGGAGGAAGAGGAGGACGAGGAGUGGCGGGAGAAGUACGGCGAGGAGGCGCAGAAGGUGAUCCGGGCGUGUGUCGACGCCAAUGUGGCUGACUACGAGUAUCUCAAGUCGUUUGCGAUCCAAGUGUAACUAACUAAUGGCCGUUGGUUGGGGUACGGAGACAGCGUUUUGGAUUAGUUACCAGAGUGAAGCGGCCGUCUUUUAGAUACACGCGUGGUACCACUGUUCCCGAGUAAACGUGCUCCUGUGAAUCCCCCAUUUCAAUCGUGUGAUACACAAUGUACAUACAGUA